UGUAACCAAAGUGUCUCUCUUUUCUUCUUCUUCUUCUUCCUAAAUUUCUCUUCUUUAUCAUAAUUUGGAUCUGUUCCUUGAAAAAAACUUCGAUAUAGAUUUACGUAUCACAGUCAGAAAGAAUAAAAAUCGUUUUUUUUUUUCCUGCUUGUGCUUUUUAGCAAUAGAGAUUUGAAAAUUUCCACGAGGAUUGAUUUGGGUUUUUGUUGUUUGUUGUUCUGUUUUGGGUUUUGGAAUUGGGUUGGUGAAAAAUCAAGCCUGUAAAGUGUUCGAUGAUUUUCCCCAGAGAAGAAUUUUGAAGUUUCUCUUUUUUUUUGUUUUUGCUGGGGAAAAUUGAAAGGACAUGGCAGGUGAAGAAGAUUGGAUAGAACUCAAGUUUAGACUAGCAGAUGGUACAGACAUAGGUCCGAGCAAGUACAAUCAAUCUAUGACUGUUUCUUCUCUUAAAGAGAAACUCAUUUCUCAAUGGCCUAAAGAUAAAGAAAAUACUCCAAAAACUGUAAAUGAUAUGAAGCUUAUCAAUGCCGGGAAAAUUCUGGAGAACAACAGGACACUUGCUGAAUCUAGGCUUCCUGUUUGUGAACUUCCUGGAAUGGUCAUUACUAUGCAUGUUGUUCUUCGCCUUCCUACUCUAGACAAAAAGAGCGAAAAACAGCAGAAUGAUCCACCGAUGAAGAAUCGAUGCGUGUGUACCAUUUUGUAGCUGCAAGUAAAUUGGAUCAUAGAGAUUAAUAUCCUUCAUGAUAAUGGUUGGCAUAGAUAUUGAAAACAAAUGAUCUUCAUAGAACAGCUUCCAUAGCUUCAAACAAGCUUUGAGAAGUUACUUCAGUACAAAAUGAUUGGCAUAGAUAUUGAAAACAAAAGAUCUUCAUUACAGAAUUUGGUUCCAUGUGUGUGGCCGUGUGGGUGUUAAUUUAUUUUUCAGUUUUUUUUCUAUCAAAAAUGGCUCGACAAAAUGUACUAUGGUUCGUGAAGGAUGGUUUUUCGUAUAAGUCAUUGCUGUAAUUCUUAGUUUGCUUUGUACUCUUGUCUAUCAUUUUAGUUUGCUGUAAAAUGAUUUUUCUUAGAACUAGUUUAUAUUCAUUCUUGCUUACAUUA